GUUUCCCAUCUAUGAAAGGGUAACCAACAGAAAUAUUUAGGCAAGCGUUCGGCGUGUAAUCUAAUGGCCAGGCUUAGGCUCGAUAAGGCCCGUGACAGAUUGAGCCAGGUCCGACAUGGUCGUUAUAGAUAAAAGCUCGACGCAUUAAGAAAAUGAGCUGGCUAAGCUCAAUCAUUCGACAAAGUCCCGCCCAACAUGAAGCGCGGCCCAAUUUACGAUUUGCGAUCAUCCCCGUGGUUCAGUUCCACCCUAACCGAGAAUAUAUAGAGGCGGUGGUGGACUGGUGGAGACGUAAGGCAACACAGAGUCGACCUGGGGGAUUGAUCGGUCAGGCUUCGCCCGAUUUGAGGAUGGCGUCUUCGUUUCUGAAGUGGCUCACCGACCCCCGUCGGAACUGGUUUGCGGCCCAGCACUACAAAGCCAUCUCCAAUCGCCUCAAGAGAUAUGGGCUGAGAUAUGAGGAUCUGUAUGAUCCGAUGUACGAUCUGGACAUUAAGGAGGCCCUCAACAGGCUGCCGCGCGAAGUGGUGGACGCCAGGAACCAACGCCUUAAGCGUGCCAUCGAUCUAUCCAUGAAGCACGAAUACCUACCCGAGGAUUUGCAGGCAUUGCAGACACCUUUUAGAAGCUAUCUCAAAGAUAUGCUUGCCCUUGUUAAAAAGGAGAGUGCAGAGCGCGAGGCGUUGGGAGCUCUCCCCCUGUACCAGCGCACAAUUACUUAAACCCUUCUCUUUCCGUAGCCACUGCUCGUUUAACUGCAAUGAAAUAAAAUUGCAGCGACUCUUUGCAUCAAGUUUUGCUUAACAUUACUUUUCACUGGCGACGACGAUGAUAAUUGAACCUUUCAAUGAAUUUCCUAUAAGUUCCUCUAGUUAAUAAUACAAAUCUUCUCGUGUAAA